CAGCCCUUUAAUAAUCACAAAGUCUCUCACCUUGUCAUCGCGUCUCUCACCAUGUCCUCCAGAUUAUUCCCCGAGCCCACCACUACCAGAGAUUACUGUCGUGACACAAUUGUGAUAUGGGAAUGGGAGGAUUACGCAACACCAGAAAAACUCAACCCUCGUUCGAUUAAGAAGAAAGUCAGAUCAGCUCUCAAGAAGGACGGUUAUAAAAUCGGGGACUUGUCCAUCUGGGUUUACGCUCCUGAGAAUACAUGGUUGAUUGAUGGGCAAUCGAAAGACAAAUUUUAUCACGCUGGACUUGUAGUCAGUCCCCUUAAAGGGGAUAAACGUACCAGACUUCACAGGCUUCUGGCGGAAGCUAUGGUCUCCUCAUUUAUCUGGACAGCUGAAGAUACUAAUGUUCUGAUACUCUCUGAAAACGUGGAGUACCUUAAACAAGACCCCAGAUUCUCCAGUUUUCAUGAAGAGUUAAUUAGCCAAGGUUUCCCUGUUGCCUUAGCACACCCAGAUGAUGUUCUCCUUAACCAGGAAGAUGAACCUGACUCUGAAUAUGAUGAAGAAGAAGAAACUGCCUCUGAUUGUGAAGAUGAGUUAGCUGACUCCGAAUCGAAAUGUGCAUGUCUCGAAGGGUGUCCUUGCCGCCCCUCAACAACUGCCUAUGAUGAAAGUCCAAAAAGCACAUAAAUAUUAUAGAUAGACAAAUAUUUAGUUGACUCCGAAUCGAAAUAUUUAGGCACUCAACAACAACUGCCUCUGUAAAGGCUUUAAAAACUGUCUCUGAAUGGAAUUAUAACAAUUGCCUCUGAAAGGCUUUAAGCAUAGUUAGUUAUUAGCAAUCAUAACCUCAAUCCAAAUCUUAGUUUUUUUGGUUUUUCGAUUUGUGUGGAACUUACUUACAAUAAUAUAUCCAUCACUGAUCAAGUAUAUAUCGAAUACAUAUGCUUUAGUAGUA